UUUAAAAUUUCAUGAAUUUUUCUCUGGUGCUAAGAGUCCUCUCUUGUGGAAAACAAAUAAAAACCCAAGAGUUUAGUGUUUUGUUGAACGAAACAAGAGAGUUAUACCUUAGAAAUUAUGGUUGGUAUAACAUGCCAAGUUCAGUGCAUAAAGUUUUAGUACAUGGAUGUGAUGUAAUUAAAUACUUUGAUUUACCAAUAGGUUCAUUAUCAGAAGAAGCCUUAGAAUGUUCACACAAAAACAUAAGAAAAUAUCGGCUUAAUCAUUCUCGAAAAACUGGAAGAGUACAAAGCAAUACGGAUUUAAUGACUCGUUUGAUAUUAUCGUUAGAUCCAUUAGUUGCAUUUAAAAGAAAUAUAAAACAGAGAAACAAAUAUUUAAAGGGUUCUGAUCUCAGCUUUAAUAAAUACAUUGUUGAAAGUGACGAAGCAGACAAAAGCAUGGAAUCAUUUGAAUCAGUGAUCACUUCCUCCUCUUCUGAGGACACUGAAACUGAGUGAUUAUAACAACUAGUUCGGUUUUUAUUAACAUAUUAUAUGUUAUUACCAUAUAACAGUUAUUAUUACUUACUUACUUAACAGUGAUUAUGCUUUAUUUUAAAUGAAAUCAAAAGAAUUUUUUUUUCUAAAGGUUAACAUGUAAGGAAAACCGACUUAAUUUUUCAAAUUACCAUAAUGUAUUCACUUAGGAAGUAAAGUUUAGACGAAUUUUGACUAUUAAGACUAUUUUUCUGAACACUUAGCAACAAUGAUAUGCAUAUUUCAUUUUUAAAUAAUCAUGUGCAAAAACUCGGUGUUUUUUUAAUGGGUACCCGUUACAAAAAAACCGAUUACUUUCUUAAAAUUAGAGUAAUAUAGACACUUCAGAUGUAAAGUUUCAAUAAAUUCUGACGACUCC